GUGUGCGUGUGUGUGUGAGUGUGAAUGUGUGUAUGAGUGUGUGUGUGUAUGUGUGUGUCUGUGUGUGUCCAGGAAGAGCAAUGGCGCACAGACUAGCGUAAUGGAAACGGUGGAGAUGGGGAGACAGCUGCAGGGACCCAAGCGGACAGAGUGAACCCUUCUCGGAGACAAUUCCGCUCUCGGGUUUCUCCUCUGGACAGCUGGGACUUCCAGCUUCUGAAAUCCUUGGCAAGGGUGGGGGAGGGUCUCUGAGCAACGUUCGCUGUUGCUCUUCAAAGCCAGCCACCUCUGCGCGGCAGCCAGCGGGGUCGUCAGUAGCAAGGAUGAGGGCAGUAAGAGGCCUUCCUGAAGGCGGGAGCGCAUUGCUGAGAAGGCUGGAGGGCCUGCCUGGCGGGGAAGGCAGACCCUGCCGGCUGCGGCCGGCCGGACGGCCUGCCCGUCGCGUUUCUUUACUUUCUCCCUCCUGGGUACCCAACGUUCCGUAUUCCAUUCUCAUUCUGCUUAUCAUCCCCACUGCCUUCACUCCCACACCCCACCGCCACCAACGUUCCUGGAAUUUUGGACUUAGCUAUUUUUAAAACUGUCAACUCAGUGUGGGCUCCCUCCUCCUCUCAGCUGUCCAGCGCUUGGGCCGGCCAUAUACCCUCCCGCCCCCCUCCCCCCACACCAAACCUUCUCUGGCUCUCUGACCUCGGUGAGACUGCGGCCAGUCUGGGGAACGGGGAGAGACAUGGAGAAAGAGAUGGGGGACCCCCCGGCCGGAGGAGAGCAACAGCACAGGCAGCCGUGGCUGGAGAAUGCUUGACCUCCGGAAGCACUGAGUCUAGAUGAAACUGCAGCCAAAUUUCUUCUUCCAGUCACAGAGCUACCUGUGGAAACUCAUUAGGUAGGAGCUUCAUCAGCUGGGAAGAGCCGGCGCCCGGGGGGGGACCUGGCUGGAUAGGUAUGGGGGAUCGAGGCCAGCCCCCUGGCCCCGGGUCCCCCCACGGCAGCCCUCCACCUCUAAUCACCCUCACUCUCCUGCUGCUCCUCUGUGGACAGGCUCACUCCCAGUGCAAGAUCCUGCGCUGUAACGCGGAGUACGUCUCGUCCACGCUGAGUCUUCGCGGAGGGGGCUCCCCGGGCACCCCGCGUGGGGGCGGCCGCGGCGGGCCGGCGCCGGGGGCCCUGUGCCGCGCCCUGCGCUCCUACGCGCUGUGCACGCGGCGCACGGCCCGCACCUGCCGCGGGGACCUCGCCUUCCACUCGGCCGUGCACGGCAUCGAGGACCUGAUGAUCCAGCACAACUGCUCCCGCCAGGGCCCCACGGCGCCGCCCCCGGCCCGGGGCCCCGCCCUCCCCGGCGCCGGCGCGGCGCCCCUCAGCCCCGACCCCUGCGACUACGAGGCUCGGUUCUCCCGGCUGCACGGCCGGGCCCCCGGCUUCCUGCACUGCGCCUCCUUCGGGGACCCCCACGUGCGCAGCUUCCAUCACCAUUUCCACACGUGCCGCGUCCAGGGAGCUUGGCCUCUGCUGGAUAACGACUUCCUCUUCGUCCAGGCCACCAGCUCCCCCGUGGCAUCCGGAGCCAACGCCACCACCACCCGGAAGAUCACCAUCAUAUUUAAAAACAUGCAGGAAUGCAUCGACCAGAAAGUCUACCGGGCCGAGGUGGACAACCUUCCCGCAGCCUUUGAAGACGGCUCCGUCAACGGAGGCGACCGGCCUGGCGGCUCGAGUUUGUCCGUCCGAACGGCUCACCCGGGGAGCCACGUGGAGAUCCGAGCUGCCUACAUCGGAACAACCAUCGUCAUCCGACAGACGGCUGGACAGCUCUCCUUCUCCAUCAGGGUGGCGGAGGACGUGGCGCGGGCCUUCUCCGCCGAGCAGGACCUGCAGCUGUGCGUGGGCGGAUGCCCCCCCAGCCAGAGGCUCUCCCGCUCCGAGCGCAAUCGCCGCGGGGCCAUAGCCGUCGAUGCAGCCCGGAGGCUGUGCAAGGAAGGGCUUCCGGUCGAAGACGCCUACUUCCAAUCCUGCGUCUUUGAUGUUUCGGUCUCCGGCGACCCCAACUUUACUGUGGCAGCUCAGACAGCCCUGGACGAUGCCCGAGUCUUCCUGCCGGAUUUAGAGAAAUUGCAUCUUUUCCCCUCUGAUGCGGCGCCGCCUCUCUCUCCCGCCACCUGCCUUCUUUCUGGUCUCUUUGUUCUGUGGCUCUGCAUUCAGUAAGUAGGCCAGCAGCUCCCGACCAGCUUGGGAACAUUUGAGGAUGGAGGCUGGUGUGAGAAAACACGGAGAUGUGCCAAAGGAAACAGUGGGUACAGGAGACAAUGACCCUUACCCAGAGUCAGAUGAGGCCCCAGUUCAAGGCUGAGAUCACCCUAGAAUAAGGAUUCUGUGCCAGCGUUUUGCAUUCCAGACCUUGGCAUUGGCUCUUCACCAUGAAUUUCCCAGUCCCGUUUGUAAUACUCUGAUUAUUCCACUCCACACACACCUGAUAUCACUCCUACACACCUAGAGAUCGAGAGUGCUAAUGACCAGCACAAUAUUAGAGGGUUGAGAUUUCUUAAGGGCAAGAGCUAAAAAAGGGAAGACAUAAUUAGCUAUUUUAAAAGGUGGAAAGAGAAGAAAACAAAUAGGGAAAGGUUUUUGGUUCAGAAAUGAAGUGGCCAUCGUCUGGCUCUGAGGCAAAGGAAGUCAGCUUUUGGAGCCUGGCGCCCACACAGAAACUGCCAUCCCCACCCCUUACUGAUCUGUCAUUAAAGCUACGACUUCUCCAUACCGUC